AUGACCAGGCUCCCAGAGGUCGAACUCGUCACCAGAAUGCAGGUGGACGAGUCCGUCGCGGGAUCGACGACCGAGAUCGACGAGUCGCUCUACAGUCGCCAGCUCUAUGUCCUGGGCCACGAGGCUAUGAAGCGCAUGGGCGCCUCGAAUGUCCUGAUUGUUGGCCUCAAGGGCCUCGGCGUCGAGAUUGCAAAGAACAUCGCUCUUGCUGGCGUCAAGAGCCUGACUCUCCACGAUCCCGCGCCAGUGGGCAUCGCCGAUCUGUCGUCGCAGUUCUUCCUCCGUGCCGAAGAUGUUGGAAAGCCUCGCGACCAGGUUACUGCCCCCCGCGUGGCCGAGCUCAACGCAUACACACCCGUGCACAUUCAUAACUCUGCUAGCCUCGGCGAGAACUUAUCGCAAUUUGACAAAUAUCAGGUUGUCGUCCUCACCAACACGCCGUUAAAUGUCCAGCUUGCUAUCGGCGACUACUGUCACGAAAAGGGCAUCUACGUUAUUGUUGCAGAUACCUUCGGCCUCUUUGGGUCUGUUUUCUGUGACUUUGGCAAACACUUCACCGUCAUCGACUCUACCGGCGAGAACCCCGUCAACGGUAUUGUUGCUGGAAUCGACGAGGAGGGCUUGGUCUCGGCCCUGGACGAAACUAGACAUGGAUUCGAGGAUGGAGACUUUGUCACGUUUUCGGAAGUUGAGGGCAUGGAAGCUUUAAACGGCUGCGAACCACGGAAGGUCACUGUGAAGGGACCUUACACCUUUUCUAUCGGCGACGUGUCCGGUCUUGGGCAGUACCAGCGAGGUGGUCUUUUUCAGCAAGUCAAGAUGCCCAAGCACCUUGACUUCAAGAACAUCUCGGCUGCCAUUAAGGACCCCGAGUUUGUUGUUUCCGAUUUCGCCAAAUUCGAUCGACCUCAGCAACUCCAUAUAGGAUUCCAGGCGCUGCACUCGUUCAUUCAAUCUGCAGGCCACCUGCCUCGACCAAUGAACGAAGAAGACGCGCUAGUGGUUCUCAACUCUGCCAAGGAUCUUGCAAAGGCGGAAGGCGUCGAGGUCGAGUGGGACUACAAGCUGAUCAAGGAGUUGAGCUAUCAGGCAGUGGGCGAUCUCAACCCCAUGGCUGCAUUCUUCGGCGGCCUCACUGCCCAGGAGGUGCUCAAGGCUGUGUCGGGUAAAUUUCACCCCGUAAAGCAGUACUUGUACUUCGAUUCGCUCGAGUCCCUCGCGACGGGAUCGGCCCGCUCCGAGGAGCUAUGCAAACCUCUAGGGACCCGCUACGAUGGACAGAUCGCCGUUUUUGGAAAGGAGUUCCAGGACAGGAUUUCAAACGUUAAGCAGUUCCUAGUCGGCGCCGGUGCGAUCGGCUGUGAGAUGCUCAAGAAUUGGGCCAUGAUCGGCCUCGGAUCCGGACCCAACGGCCGGAUCACAGUGACCGAUAAUGAUUCAAUCGAAAAGAGCAACCUCAACCGCCAGUUUUUGUUCCGGCCGAAAGAUGUUGGCCAGAUGAAGAGCGAUUGCGCCGCCAAGGCGGUGCAGCACAUGAACCCGGAUCUCACCGGCCACAUUGUAUCGCUCAAGGACCGCGUGGGCCCCGAGACGGAGCAUAUCUUCAACGAAGAUUUCUGGUCGGGCUUGGAUGGGGUUACCAAUGCUCUGGACAAUGUGGAGGCCAGAACCUAUGUCGAUAGGAGAUGCGUGUUUUUCCACAAGCCUCUGCUCGAAAGUGGCACUCUGGGAACGAAGGGCAACACCCAAGUGGUCCUUCCACGGCUUACCGAGUCGUACUCAUCGUCUCAGGAUCCGCCAGAGCAGUCAUUCCCCAUGUGCACUCUCCGAAGCUUCCCCAACAAGAUCGAGCAUACCAUCGCGUGGGCCCGCGAGCUGUUCGAGAGUUCGUUUGUCAAGCCGGCCGAGACGGUGAACCUCUACCUGUCCGACCCCACUUACCUCGACAACACGCUCAAGCAAGGCGGAAACGAGAAGGCCACGCUCGAAAUGCUGGUGGACUUCUUGAAGAACGAGAGGGCCCUUACAUUCGACGAUUGUGUUGCGUGGGCUCGCAUGCUGUUCGAGAAGCAGUAUAACAACGCCAUCCAGCAGCUUCUUUUUAACUUCCCUAAGGACGCCACCUCGUCUAGCGGAACCCCGUUCUGGUCAGGUCCGAAGCGGGCGCCCGACCCGCUCAAGUUCGACUCCAAAAAUGCAACUCACUACACUUUUGUCAAGUCGGCGGCGAACCUCCACGCCUUCAACUACAACAUCAAUGUCAAGGGGAAAACUAAGGAGGACUACCUGCAGGCUAUCGAUUCCAUGAUCAUUCCAGACUUCUCUCCGGACUCCAACGUCAAGAUCCAGGCCGACGAUAAGGAUCCUGACCCGAAUGCCGCAGGUAGUGCCUUUGACGACAGUAAGGAGCUAGAGAACCUUGCUGGCGACCUUCCGAAUCCCGGAUCGCUAGCCGGCUUCAAGCUCACGCCGGUGGAGUUUGAGAAGGAUGACGAUACCAAUUACCACAUCGAUUUCAUCACGGCUGCGAGCAACCUGCGGGCCGAAAACUACAAGAUCGAGCAGGCCGAUCGACACAAGACCAAGUUUAUUGCGGGCAAGAUCAUCCCCGCGAUUGCGACGACGACGGCUCUCGUGACGGGAUUGGUGGUGUUGGAACUCUACAAGAUCAUCGAUGGCAAGGAUGACAUUGAGCAGUACAAGAACGGGUUCAUCAACCUCGCUCUUCCAUUCUUUGGGUUCAGCGAGCCCAUUGCAAGCCCCAAGGUGGAGUACAAGGGACGCGAUGGCAAGGUGACCCUCGAUAAGAUUUGGGACCGAUUCGAGGUCGAGGACAUCACUCUGCAGGAGCUGAUAGACGACUUUGAGAAGCGCGGGCUCACCAUCUCGAUGUUGAGCUCGGGAGUCAGCCUGCUAUACGCGGCCUUCUUCCCGCUUGCCAAGAGAAAGGACAAGUACCCCAUGAAGCUGAGCAAGCUGGUUGAGGCGGUGUCUAAGAAGCCCAUUCCGGAGCACCAGAAGGAGGUCAUCUUCGAGGCCGUGACGGAAGAUGCGGACGGCGAAGACGUUGAGGUGCCUUAUAUCAAGGUCAAGGUCCGGUAA